UUUCGUAACAUUGAUGCAAUGUUGUAAUGGAACGUUUCUGAGAUGUUGAUUCAACAUUUGUGAGCUGUAUGGGAUAUGGAUUUUCCACUCGCGUUAUUAUAAACAGAUUAGAGAGAAAUUGUCGACGUUGAAAAUUCAAACAUUCGGGCACCAGUUUUCCUUUACAUUUAUUCAACGUGUGUUCAAUAUUCGUUGAUUUAACAUUUAGUUAAUAUUUAUUCAACAUCCAUUCAACAUCUACUCAAGAUUUAUUCAACAUUCACAACAUUCGCUCAAUAUUUACUCACCAUUUAUUUUACAUUUAUUCACUACUUUUUCAACAUUUACUCGAUAUGUACUCAACAUUUAUUUAAUAUUUGUCCAACAUUGCUUUGAUGUUGAUUCAAUAUUUAUACAUUUAUUCACUAUUCUGUCAGCAUUUACGUAAUAUGUAUUCAACAUUUAUUCGAUAUUUGUCCACUAAUUUAAUAUUAAUUCAAUAUUUGUCCAACAUUGACAAUAUUUUUUCAACAUUUAUUAUCUACACUUGUUCGCCAAUUUUAUUUUAAUCGGCGGUGCGUUGUGCAGCGGCUGUUAGAAGCAUGAAAGCUCGACAGAUUGAAACGGACGGAUCUUUUGUUCGUAUUCGAAAUUAGGUUUAUAGUUAACAAUUCUGGUGUGCGGCAAUGUUCCCCAUCGAGAUGCUUGGCGCGCGCGCGCGCGCGACGCGACGCCUAUUUUAAUGCCACGCGGCGGAGAAUCGUGGCGCUCCUAUAAAAAGCGGCGAACGAUUAUCGUCGUUACGGACGAUAAGGAAUAAAACGCGGCGCGGAGCCGCGUGCGCCCGCGCGACGAGACCGAGACCCGCGAUAAAAAAUGCGACGACGGUUUCCUCGGGCGGGAAACGGCGUGUCCGCCCGACGAUUAUUAGCUAGGUCAUUCCAAAGAGAUAAAAUGUCGAUGACGACUGAUGGCAGGUGGUGACGCGGUGUCCCGCGGAUCGAGCUCGUUCGCGGCGACGGUUCUCGUGCCGAGCGGUCGGUCCGCGUCGCGACGGCGGCCUCCACGGCGGACGUCCGGAGGGGCCUGGUGAUGAAGCAGGAGCCGGAGGACGAGGACGACUACUUCAUCGGCGAGGCGAGACUGUCGCCCGCGUCGGCGACGACGCCGCCGCCGCCGCCGACGGCGGGGGGGCUGCUGCCGCCGCCGCCGCCGUCCUCUUCCUCAUCGUCGUCGUCCGUCGUCAUCCGGAGCGUCGCGCGGGUGCGCUCGCACGCGCGCAGUCUGCGCGCCAUGGCGAACCCCAGCGCGGUCUGGGCACACUUCGACCUGUGUAGUAACGAUCCGCUUCGCGCCCAGUGCCGUAUCUGCGGCGCGGUCGUCGUCAGGGGCGGCGCGAACCCGCGCCAGUGCGGCACGACGAACCUGCACCGGCAUCUCAGGGUGCACCACGGCGGCCGGCUGGUCGGCAGACGUUAUCAGGUUUUACAGUCGACAUCACAAGGAAGCACGAAAGCCAUAAGGAUCGCCACGCAGUCUUUAGUGAGACCUCAUAUUCGUAAUAUCGCACCGGCGCCGCAGCAACAGCAGUCGCAGCAGCAGCAGCAGCAUCCAUCGCAACCAAAGACUCUCGUAUUAAAAACUAUUCCGUUGAAAGUGAAGCAAGUGGCACCUACGACCAUUAAAAUGCCGUCGCGACAGACUAAUCAACCCCAUAGCGUCGUACACCAGCAACCUACGGAAGUUUGCCUGAGGUGGAACAGUUACCAUAGUAAUAUGCAAAAUAGCUUCCCGUCGUUACUGGACACGGAGCAGUUUGUCGACGUGACCCUGGCGUGCGAAGGGCGAUCCUUGAAGUGUCACAAAAUGAUCCUAUCUUCCUGCAGUGACUACCUGGCGGACCUGCUACGGGAGAAUCCGUGCCAACAUCCCAUUAUUCUAAUGAAGGACUUGAAGUUCUGGGAAGUGGAGGCGUUGGUGAAAUUCAUGUACCGCGGGGAAGUCAAUGUCGCUCACGAUAAAUUGCCGCAGCUGUUGAACGCCGCCGAGGCAUUGCAAGUGAAGGGACUAGCCGGUCCGAGUCCCUCGUCCCAAAACGCAAAGUCACCGCUACUUAUACCUCAAACGAAGCCAUUGUCGUCACAACACGUAGUUCCUAGAGGUACCACAGAGUCCAAAGAGAAUAAAGCGUCACCCUCGAGGGUGUCUAUGUCUUCUAGUCCUAAGCGCGCGCAAAAGCGACAGCAGUCCGAACAUAUGGAGCCGAGACCUUUCACCAAGAUACGUCUGCAGCGGCCUGUCACCCCAACGUCGCCGUGCGCGACCGUGAAGCUAGAGCCUUUAGAUAUACCUCUUAGUCCGACGGAGAUAUUCCCGGAGAACAGUGAAGAUGUUACGCCUACCUCGGAAUUUGAGAAGCUUAUGAGUUUGCACGAGGAGGACGAUCCGGGUGGCGAAGAAGUUAACGACGAAGACGAGAGACUGCACUUUUGUGAGUUACCAGCUCCGCCGGAUUUAAACGAUAACGAAGACCAAAUGGAGUUUGUACCUACCGAUUUCUUAGAGCAACAGCAAGACAUUGUCGAAGAGCCAGAAUCGACCUGUAACAAAGACGAUAAUAAUAAAAAAGAACCUCUCGAUUACGCUUCCGUUGACGAGGACAACGGAAUCGAGCAAAAUGCGACGCCCGCCUCGAAAGAGAAGAAAGUGACAUAGUAAAGUAUAGAGAUAUCUUGUAAUCUAUGUAAUGAUCGGAUUAUACCAUAAAUUUCAAUGGAAACUAGCGUAAGGAUACCUACGAUUUGUUUUGUUGGGACUCUCAAGCGAAGAAAUGCAAUUCUUAUAACGACAAACCGGAGGUGAUGCGCGAGAAUCAAGUACCAAAACGAAGAGAUUGUUAUUUUUGGAAUCUACGUAUUAAGAACACUUGAGAAGAUUUUACCUUUUUAAUUUAGUCUCGCUGUUAAUCAGAGAUCUCUACGAUUAAUAUCUUACUAUAUAGAGUUUGAGACACUUUGAGGAAGGUACAACAAUGUUAAGAGAUAUUUCCGCUAGUCCAGCGCGUCUUUUAUCGCAACGUGUAUAUUUAUUUAAAUAUCUUCUACGUGUAUUAACUUCGUAUGUAUACAAGUGACGAGCGUCUGAUAUAGAUCACGCAUUUAUAUAAAAAUUAAUACUGUAAUGUCCACGGUUUUAACAAAGUAAUUAAUUGUACUGACGGAUGUGACAUACUUUGUGUUGUAAAAGUCCUAAAUUUGUUAGGCUCUAGAGUUGUGUUGUGUAACUUAUUUUGUCUACGAAAGUGAUCGAGUAUAUCAUUUCAUCACGAGUUGUAAUUAUUUAUGUAUCUGUAUCGAGUUAAAUAAGUUAUCGUCACCGGUACGCGGUUGGAAGUACGUGGGUGUAAAUUGUAACGCCUCGACAAACUGUCUGCGAUGUGACAACGGAUUGGCAGCAGAUCUGCUCAGAUAUUACAGCAAACCCGGCAUCUGUAUUCGCACUAAACUCGCGUUUUUCCGGCCGAGUCUACCGAUGUAAUCUGACGGCGGCGGAUUGCCGGCUGAAACCGAGUAGAAUUUAUCAUUUCAUAAACAUUUAAAUGGUCACAAAACAGCAGAGUCCACACAGCUCCUGCAAUCAAUCUGCCAUUCUGUUAGUCGAUUCUGUUGUAGUUUUGCUGGUGUUCUAUCGAUCAAAUAUGCAGCAAAUACUUUCGAGAUCUGUUCUCAACGAAUUCGGCUAUCCGGAGUGUAACGCCACAUCUCGAAUAAACACAGCUAUCACAACACGCAGUGUUCCGAACGAACCAAAAUUUCUAUCGUACGUACGUACAUACGUGUUUUCUUCGAUAAGAAAACGCAGGUUUUGCGCGAGAAAAAAAUGUGAGUGUAAGUUAAAAAUGUAAGCUUUUUCCUGUUCGUUGACGCGUCGAUAGAUGUGAAUGUGACAUCUCUGAUAAUCGACCUAGAAAAUAAAAUGCUGAUCGAACAAA